AUGGAGGCACUGAUGGUAGACAGCCUGAUGAAGGUGGCAGUAGAAGCCCCUGCUGCUUCGAUGGCUACGGUGGCAGCGGGAGUUGAGAUGACGGACAGCAGUGACGGCGGAUGCAGGUUAGUGGCGGCUUGGGCUGAUAGCAUGAGGAAGAGUCUGGGCAGGCAGCAGAUGGAGUUGAGUGAAGAUGAUGAUACAGGUGUUCGAAAAGAAUUAAAGAAGCUAACAAUCAGCAAUCAAGGCAUAGCUUCAUCAAAAAAUAAUUCAAAGGAAGAUGACAAUCAAGGCAGUCCUGCCAGAGAAGACAAUGACAGUGACACUGGAAUUCCUAAUGAUCUUCCAAGAGCCUGGAAAUUCGUCCAAAAUCAUCCCAAGGAACUUAUUAUUAGGGAUCCAUCUGAAAAUGUCAGAACACAUUCUUCCUCUAGACAAUUAAUAGACAACUUUGCAUUGGUCUCACAUUUUGAGCCCAAAAAUGUUGUUAAUGCAUUGAAAGAUGAGAACUGGAUUUUAGCCAUGGAAGAGGAGUUAAAUCAAUUUGAAAGAAACAAAGUUUGGACAUUAGUAGUUAGACCACAGGACCAUCCUAUCAUUGGCACAAAAAUCAGAGGAGGAUCUACUAGUGCUGGACGGUCUUUUAAACUUAGAGAUGAGGACAUUGAAAUUGUGGAACCGUCUACCAAUGCACCUAAAAAGAAGAUUGUGACCCGCGGUGGUAAGGUGAAGCAAACUGCCCAAAGAAAAUGGAUUUCUCCAACUACUGAACCAUCUGAUAAGCAGAUAGAAGAGCAUAACUCUGAAGGAAACACAGUUGGUGGAAACAAGGAACCAGAACGGGCUACCCAGGAUGAUGAAACUGUCACAAGGUCAUUUGGUAAAAGAAAAAGAACUGCAAAAAGGAAGAGCACUCCCCAAUCCAAGAAAAAGCAAUCUGCUGAUCCCUCUGAUGAUCAGAAGAAUGAAGGAAAUAUUGCUGAGAAUCAGCAAACACCUGAACCCUCCAUCAGGAAAUCUUCAAGGACAAGGACUGAGGCUCAAAAUGUUGGGUCAUCUGCCACACAAACCUCGAAAAGGAAACAUUCUGGGAAGGAUCCAGUAUCACAACCCAAAGAGCCAAGACCUGAGCCCAUAGGGCCAACUACUGGUACUGAGGCCACACCAGCUUCCAGCUCUCUGUCCAAGGAUAAAGGCAAGGCUCCAGCUACUGAGGAGACAUAUGAAGAAGGCGAUGAAGAAACUGAGGAAGAAGUGGCUCCUGAACAGUUUCGUCUGGCCAGGAGGAAGCCUGGAUCAUCUAAAAUCACUAUCUAG